AGCGCAGCCGCCGCGGCGGGGCCGGCAGCACCCGACGUGCCGCACCAUGGGCAGCCAGGGCUCCAAGGCGGCGGGCGGAGACCCCGACACCGCCAAGGCCAACGGGCAGGAGAACGGCCACGUGAUCUACAACGGGGACAUGACGCCCAAGGUGGGGGUCGAGGUGUCCCCCCAGAACGGGAACGGCUCGGCUGAACCCCCCAAGGAGGAGAGCGAGGGCGAGCCGGGCGGGGGGGACGCCAUCGAGCCCGCCCCCCCCGCCGACGGGGGGGACCCCAAACCCGAAGAAGGGGCCGCGGCCCCCAAGGACGCCCCCAAGAAGAAGAAGAAGUUCUCGUUCAAGAAAUCCUUCAAGCUGAGCGGGAUCUCCUUUCGGAAGAACAAGAAGGAAGCCGGGGACUCCUCUGGCUCCUCUCCCACGGAGGAGCAGCAGGGCAAGGGCGAGGAGAGCCCCGCGGGGGGGGUGCAGCCCUCGGCUCCCCCCGAGGAGGGGUCGGCGGAGGAGCAGGGGGGCCCCGGGGAGGGCAGCGAGGGAGCUGAGCCCAAGGGGCAGGAGGGGGAAGCCGGCGGGAGCAAGGAGAAGAAGGAGGAGGAGGAGGAGAAAGAGAAGCAGCAGCAGCAGCAGCCGGCGGGGGAGAGCCAAGGAGACACAGCCAAACCCGAGGAGCCCUCGAAAGCCGCGGGGGCCGAGCCCACAACAAGCCCCGCGGCGGCGGUGGAGCAGAAGGAAGAGUAGAUUCCACUUGGCAUCGUCCUCACUGGAGACUCUCACGCCGUCCUCUCCAUCCUGGAACACCACGGACUCGCCCACACCCCCCCCAGCCCACCUAGAACUGACACCACUCCCCAGACCCCACACGCCCCCCUCGAGGUAUCUCUUCCUUUUUCCCCCCCUCCCCUCCUUUUUCCCCCCGGUAGAAAAAGCUGGUUUGGAUUCCCACACCACUGCCACCACUUGGAGUAGUUUUACCUGAAUCCUUUAAAAAAAAAAAAAAAAAAAAAAUCAGGAAAAAAAAAAAGAAACCAAACCACAAAACAAACAAAAAAAAAAAAGCUGUACGGGGCUUUCUUGUAACAUUUGAAAGGAAUAAAUGGUGACCCCUUUA